GCUUGCCCCUUCAUUUUGAUCAUGGAAGAUUCUACUACUCCCAAUUCGCAACCACUGACGCCAUUGACGCAGCAGCUUAUGGAACAGCUUGCGCAGCAACAGUAAUUAAUUGAGGAGCUCUUUCGCUUACGCACGGACGCUGCUUCAUCGGCUCCCGGGCAACCAUCGCAAUCCUCCUCUCCUUUUCCCCCCAUGACUUGCCUGUAUGGCCGUCUUUUGAUUGGCAACCGGAUGCCACGCUUACGACCUUGAUGCUGACUUUGGAUCAGGCCAUCUUCACCAGUACGCUUGCCGACGAGGAGCGAAAAACAAUUAUUGAACGCUAUCCGCCUAUCCGCACACUGAAAUACUCACCACCUGCUGCGGUGCCGCAGGCUGACCGCCUAUUCAAGCCUGGCCAAAAAGCCGAAGACGCUAUGCUACGCCAGCUGCAAUACACGCUUUCUGCGGUUCUGCGACCUCUUGAUGUGUUAGGUCAUACUCUUUUACCGAUUCUCCCAAACGAACACAUAAACCGCGUUUUUGCCACCAUAAACGACGUCCACACUUUGGUUCUUCAUACCGCUAGCACUAUAAACAAUCAACGUAAUCAGCUUGCUCUUCGCGCUAUUCAUCCAUCCUUAAAAGCACCAUCACAAGACAAGCAAUACACUAUGUCCGCCGAUACGUUCAAAGACACUGUUACUGAAUUCACAGCAAUGCAAAAAUCGAUUCGAGAUGCUCGUCGUGGGGGUAAUUGUUUUAAACCAUCGUCGUCUAAUUCGUCAUUUUUUUGAUCGGGCCCGUCAAAGGAUAGCGGGCAUCCUGGUUUCACUUUUCAGCAGCAGCAGCACCA